AUGGCGGUGAAUAGAAAUGGGCUCAACUUUUCAUACGAAACAUUUUGCGAUUAUCUCCCCAGAAUAACUGGUGGUUCCGAGUCGCCGACAAAUGCGGAUAAUGUCAACCCCUUGAUUCGACGGAUUCUGACAAGCUACCCCAAAUCUACUAUCUACGGGGUAGGAGGGCACUCCGCUCUGCUCUCAAUCACCGAUGAUAUUGGCAUUAAAAUCUCCUAUAGACCUGCUGGGAAGCAUAUACAUCAUGAACAAACUAUCUUUAUGCUACUGGAAUCCGUGCCAUGUCCGUUUAUAGCCCACUCGCUCUUCUGCGCCCCGGACCUUAUCUUCAUGGAACUCUACAAGAAUGGCACACUUCACGAGCGUCUAAACUUGAAUAGAAAGCCCCGCCCUAUACUUCAAUGGAUGCAGCAACUGUCAGAGGCUGUGGCUUGUCUGGAGUCACUAGGCUAUGCACAUGGCGAUAUUAAUCCCCGGAAUAUUAUGUUUGUCGAAGGAGAUAACCUUAGGCUUGUCGAUUUUGACCAUGCACUGCGAUUUGGCGAAAACAUAGAAGUUGGCGACUAUCCCUACGUUCGGCCAAGAAAUGCAGAAGAAGCAAAGUCAGACUCUGGCGGCACUUUUGGCAUAGCUAGUGCUGAUACCGAACAAUUUGCCCUGGGGUCUAUUUUUUGGUACAUGGUGCAAGGGACAGAACUUUGGGCGGGAAUAUAUGGACUGGAUCUGGUUGAUAAGCUUACGGAUCGUGUAUGCCCAGAGAUGGACCUCAAGGACCCAAUCAACCAGAUUAUGAGCGAUUGCUGGAAGGGGAAGUUUAUAUCUAUAGCGGCACUCGCAGCCCGGAUACGCCAACUCACUCUCGAGAAAGAACUUGAGCAGAAGAAAAAGGUGUGCGAGGGAUACUAUACCCUAAUAUGCAAUACCGCGAGUGACUCUAACGCUAGAACGCCAGAGACGGCAAACUCUGGGAACUAUUAG